CCGCGGCGGAAGGAAGGCAGGGUGUCCCAGUCCAUGAUGUCUGUGAUGAGAUUCUCCGUGUCUGACAACAUCACACAUUCGACUGCCCUGGUGACAGCACUGGAUAAUGUGACAACUUUGUCCCCGACAACAAUGCAGGCAAUCAAUGACACCAACAUCACUGUCCCGCACAAGUGCCUGUUGUUGCUCUAUGAGGACAUUGGGAAGUCCAGAGUCCGCUACUGGGAUCUUCUGCUCCUGGUUCCCAAUGUGCUUUUCUUUAUGUUUCUUCUCUGGAAGCUGCCCUCUGCCAGGGCCAAAAUCCGGGUCACUUCCAGCCCAAUCUUCACUACAUUCUACAUACUAGUAUUUGUGGUGGCUUUAGUUGGUAUUGCCCGUGCUGUUGUCUCCAUGACUGUGAGUGCCUCUGAUGCUGCCACAGUUGCUGAUAAGAUCCUGUGGGAGAUCACAAGGUUCUUCCUUCUGGCGAUUGAACUGAGUGUGGUGAUUCUAGGCCUUGCCUUUGGUCACCUGGAGAGCAAGUCGAGUGUGAAACGUGUUCUGGCAAUCACUACAGUGCUGUCUCUGGCAUAUUCUGUCACCCAGGGCACUCUGGAAAUCCUGUACCCUGAUGCCCACCUCUCAGCAGAAGACUUCAACAUCUAUGGCCAUGGAGGGCGACACUUUUGGCUUGCCAGCUCCUGUUUCUUCUUUCUGGUCUAUUCCUUGGUGGUGAUUCUUCCAAAAACUCCUCUGAAAGACCGGAUUUCUUUGCCCUCCAGGAAGAGUUUUUAUGUUUAUGCUGGAAUCCUGGCACUGCUGAACCUGGUGCAGGGCCUGGGCAGUGCUCUCCUUUGUGUGGAUAUCAUAGAAGGACUGUGCUGUGUUGAUGCUACCACGUUCCUUUACUUCAGCUUUUUUGCACCUCUCAUCUACGUGGCAUUCCUGAAAGGCUUCUUUGGGUCUGAACCGAAGAUCCUUUUCUCCUACAAAUGUCAGGUGGAUGAACCUGAGGAUGUGGAUGUGCAUCUACCCCACCCUUAUGCUGUUGCCAAGAAGGAAGGAAUGGAUUCUGGGUUCUACUCGAGCACUCAGAUUGACACCACAGCCUACCUGGAUGAUGUGGCCUCUAUGCCAUAUCACGUGGGCAGCAUCAACAGCAUGGACAGUGACCGCUGGAAAGCCAUCAACGCCUAAGGCAGGGCUACCCGCUUCACACGAUGCCUCAUUCCUUUCCUUCUAAACUCCCUGAUACCACAGCUGUUAGGAUGUCCAUUGGAAAUCUGUCCUUGGCUAUCUGCCAUGGCUUUCCUCUCUUCCUUAGGAUUUCUGAAACCUAUUGUGGAACUAAGUUGGCAGCCCAAAUCUUGUUGGAAAGAACGUUUUCUGUUGCUACCUGAGAACAAUGUAGAACAGUUUUGUUCAUAAACGUAUAAACACCGAA